AUGUCGACGACCUUGAGACGAUGCUUUAUCGCACUCGACAUCACCCCGCAAGCUCGCACGGCGCUCACCUCUGUCCUCGACGAAAUGCAUGCGCUCCGCGGUGCCGACAAGCGGGCAGCCCAAGUCCUGUCACCGGUGCCAGCAGCAAACCUCCACCUGACGCUCGCGUUUCUCGGCGACAUUGACGACAGCGCCGUGGACAAGCUGUCGAUGGUGCUUACGGCGGUUGCAUCAACUCAGAGGCCCAUCACCAACACCCAGAUCGACGGGAUGGGAUGGGAUGGCUCUGCACGCCGCCCACGACUGAUCUACGCGCCCGUCUCGUCUGGCCGCGACGUGUUCGCAUUUGCAGGCGUUCUUUCCAGGCUUUGCGCCGACCUCGGCAUUGGCAAGCAAGAACAGAGUCCAUACGUACCGCACAUCACCCUUGCGCGCGUCGACGGCAAUGCUGGUGACCCGCGAUCAGUGGGAGAGUGGAUGACGGCGUACCCUCCUCGGUCUUGGGGGGCCAUCGACGGCAGCGCCAUUGUCCUGUACGAGAGUCGUCGUGACUCUCGACAAUACAUCCCAUUGCUACGUGCUCCUUUGAGCGGAUAG